AUGAUAUGGAAGUCCACUCAGAAAGUUAAAUGCAAAACCGAGUUCCUCAUCGUAGUGUUUCUUCUCCUGUUUGCAAGUAUAGCGAACAGCCAAUUGAUAAAAUUGGAUGGACAGAAAAUAAGCACCAACUACAUUCUAUACGUUCUUAAGGGUCUGUACAUAUUUGGGAAAAAUGACAGUCCGUACGUUUUGCUGGGGGAGAAGAAGGACAUGUCAGCGGAGGGGCCGCAUGCAAUUUUUGAAAACAUAGGAAUUAGUACCACGGACAAUAAGAACACGAAAUAUUUCAGCUUCGACAUAGAGGAAAGCAAAACGAAUGACCAGGAUAAGAACGAAUCGGAUGAGGAGAACAAGUCAGACGAGCACUCCACCUCGGAGACGAACAACAGCAGUGAUGAGGAGGAUGAAGACUCUGAUGAGAAAGACAAAAAGGAUAAAUUUAAAAUCAACCUGUAUAAGGAUAAUCCUUAUUUGAGAAAAAAAAAGGAGUAUAUGCACAAGCACGAGGAUGACGACGUGCUAAACACAGGUAACCUAUUUUUAGAAGUAGUCAUAAUGAAGGAAAGCGAUUUCAAUAAAUUUUAUUUACCAAAAAAUACGAACGUAUGUUGCCACAUGGAAGAGAACGGCAUGGAUGGAAAUGAUUCAUACACCUGUCCAGGAAGGGGGUACCUAAAAAGGUACGUAGACGAGUCAAAAAUGUAUGCAUUAAAAUUACCAGUUUAUUUUUUGAAUGACAGAAUAUCGAACAGCGAUGAGAUGUCUCCUCUAGAGAAUGAAGUAAACCAUGAGGAGUUUUUAAAAAUAAUUCAAAACAAACAUAUAUACAACAUAGACGACACGGAUGUGUACGCAUUAUUUUUAUCCAACUGUUCAGAUAGUAAAAAGUAUGAAUUAGAGCUACAUGGGAAUAUACACAUUUUGAAUAAGUAUGGAUAUCUACCAGGGGAUAAAAUACCAAAGCUAAAUUUGUACGUUGUGUGUAUGCUUAUUUAUGCCAUUUAUUUGUUUGCUUGGAUAUAUUUACUAGUGAGGAAUAAACAGUUCGUUAUAAAAAUUCAGAUAUGGAUACUGGUAUGCAUAUUUCUCUACCUGAUGGAAAAUGUCUUUCUCUUUCUGUACUUUUUGGUUUACAACUUACGCGCAAGAGUGAAUAGCAAUUUGCUUUUCCUUUCAGUAUGUUCAAGUAUAUUGAAGAAUGUGUGUUCGUAUCUUUUAAUUUUACUGGGAUCUCUAGGCUGGGGAUUAGUCAUUCCAACAUUGGACAAGAAAACGUUUAUUAAGAUAAAAGUGCUCUUUUUCUUUUUUAUCAUUUUUGACUUUAUAAAACAGUUUCUGGAUAUGCACUUAACCGAUGCAGAAGUGAACGCAGUUUAUUUCCUCUUCUGCAUUAUCCCAGUAACGAUUAUUUAUUCAAUCAUUUACUUGUGGGUAUUUACUUCAGCUAGUAAAAUUAUCAUUCAGUUAAAUGAAGAUAAACAGUACGAAAAGUUGAACAUGUUUAAGAAGUUUUUUAACGUAUUAAUUUUUUCACUUAUCUUUUCAGUCAUCUCUUUUGUUAUAGAUAUCGUUGUUAUGCUUUUUGUGGAUAAUACCAUAUGGAGUUUGAAGUGCUACAUUAGUGAGGGAAUUAUCAGCUGCUUGUUUUUGAUCAUCAUCACAGCCAUGUUCAUGUUGUUCCGACCCUCGGAUAGACUGAAGAGAAUUUCGCACUUUACGGAGAUCGGCGACAUGGACGAGAUGGAGGACUUUUCACACUUCAAGGGCUCAAUCGAGGACAUUUCGUAG